AUGAGCACUAUGGGUCCUCCUCUGAAAAAGAAGAGCUACAUGGGGCAGCAUCAGAUCAAAAAGAAAAAAAGCUUCCAAGCUCCCGGUGAGCCACCAGACGGAGGCGGACUGUCGCAGAAACCCCGUUACCUGUCAGACAAAACAAACACACCAGAAAACAUUAGCAGAGACAGCCUCGCGGGUGGAGGAGCUGUGCCCCCACUGGGAGAAUUCACAUUAGCUCUGGAUGAAGAGAUGCUGCAGGUGCUGGAUGCUUUCGACCCUGUAAAGCCUGCAGCUAACAGUGCUUGUCCAGCAACAGUACGCAGAAAUGUACUGGAAGAGCCAGCCUCAUCAGCUGCCCUUGCCCCUCUACUGUCUCUUGCACCAGCUGCACACAAUAAGACGAAUAUGCACAGAGCUCUUCAAGCCACAGGCCAAGGAUCCAGCGAACCCCCUGGUGCUCAAGAGAGAGUGCGUAUGCGUAGAGGUGAUUGUGAGAGACCGGGGUGGACAGCUGACUGCAAGGACCUUGCUCAGAAGCUUCUCUUCAGCGAGGAUUCGGAGGAAGCAGAGCACGCUCAGAGGGAUUCCGAAAGCGGCCACUCUGUGCCUGCUUCUUCCUGCAUUAAUAGGUUACCAUGUCAAGAAAUAAGAAACAGUCAGCAAGCAGGCAGCUCCGACAAGCAGAAACGUACAUCCAGAAGAAAGAGCUCUCCCCUUAGCAAAGAGGAAAGUGGAUCAAGUAAGAAUACUGAUCCACCUCUUGAUGUAUCCAGAGACUACAUCUUGUUCAGCCCCACACGCCUCGCAGCUGCCAUGAAGAGGGCCAAACUCCAGCGGUCAUUACAGAAUCAGUCCGCCUCUGUGCUCACAGUCCCCACUGGUUUAGAGCUCAGUACUCUCAGUGACACUUUACCUCAGCCAGGCAUUGCCUUGUGUGCCCCGUCUGAGCAAGUUGAAAAGCUGCUGUUAUCCAGUUGGGGUUUGCCAAAUCCUGUCCUGGAGCGCUACCAGAAACACGGAGUGACUCACAUGUUUGAGUGGCAGGCUCAGUGCCUCACUGUUGGACAGGUGCUGCAGGGAGGUAACCUGGUAUACUCUGCCCCCACUAGUGCUGGAAAAACCCUGGUGUCAGAGCUGCUAAUGUUGAAGCGUGUGUUGGAAACCAAAAGAAAAGCUCUCUUCAUUUUGCCUUUUGUCUCUGUGGCCAAAGAGAAGAUGCACUAUCUUCAGAGUGUAUUUGAAGAGGCAGGCGUUCGUGUGGAGGGAUACAUGGGCAGCACUUCAGCUGCUGGAGGGUUCUCAGCGCUGGAUGUGGCUGUUUGCACCAUAGAAAAAGCCAACUCUCUAAUUAACAGACUCAUUGAAGAAGACAGUAUGGGUCUACUAGGCAUGGUGGUGGUGGAUGAGUUGCAUAUGGUUGGGGAUUCUGGAAGAGGAUACCUGCUGGAACUGCUCUUAACCAAAAUCCGCUACAUAGCACAGAAGCAGAACACCACAGGGUCUCUGUCUGAGGGGGUGCAGAUAAUCGGUAUGAGCGCCACCUUGCCUAACCUCUCCCUCCUGGCUAGAUGGUUGGGUGCAGAACUUUACCAGACAGAGUACAGACCUGUGCCCCUGCUGGAGCAUCUCAAAGUGGGCUGCAGCAUCUAUGACAAGAGCCUCUCUGUGGUCCGGCAGUUCUCUCCUGCACUCCAUAUUAAGGGUGAUGACGACCACAUAGUGAGCUUGUGUUAUGAGACAGUGAGAGAGGGCCACUCUGUGCUUAUGUUCUGCCCCUCGAAGAACUGGUGUGAGAAACUGGCAGACAGUAUCGCCAGAGAAUUCUACAACCUCAGACAUACUGAUCGUCAGGGCGACACAGACCCUCAGCCAGUGUGUCUGGAUCAGGAAGGACUAGUGGAUGUCAUAGCCCAGUUGAGACGAACUCCUGCCGGGCUAGACCCAAUCCUCCAGCGAACUGUGCCAUGGGGAGUGGCCUUUCACCAUGCAGGUCUGACAUUUGAUGAGCGUGAUGUGUUGGAGGGAGCUUUUCGUCAGGGCACGGUCAGAGUCCUGGCUGCCACCUCGACCCUCUCUUCAGGCGUUAAUCUCCCAGCCCGUAGGGUCAUCAUUCGGACCCCUACCUUCAAUGGACACUUGUUGGACCCACUCACGUACAAACAGAUGGCUGGACGAGCCGGGAGAAAAGGGGUAGACACUACAGGUGAAAGUGUGUUGGUUUGUAAGGAAACAGAACGUCAGAAAGGUAUUAGUCUCCUUACGGGUGCUCUUCAGCCAAUCAGCAGCUGUCUGGUGAGAAGGGAAGGGGAAGGUGUCACCACUAGCAUGCUGCGAGCCAUCCUGGAGAUCAUUGUUGGAGGUGUAGCCAGCACUCCACAGGAUGUGAGCUCGUAUGCUUCAUGCUCUCUACUGGCUGCAAGCAUGAAAUGUGAUGGCAAAUACACAUCAAAUGAAGAGACCAAUAAAGGGGCUAUUGAGGCCUGUGUUGAAUGGCUGAUGGAGAAUGAAUUUAUUAGCAUUCAGAAGGACGAACAAGAGGAGCGGUACUGUCCCACGCAACUCGGUGCCGCGACCCUGUCCUCCUCCCUGUCUCCUCCUGAGGCUCUAGGAAUAUUUGCUGAUCUCCAGCGUGCCAUGAAGGGCUUUGUACUGGAAAAUGAUUUGCACAUUCUCUAUCUGAUCACCCCGUUGUACGCAGAGUGGACUACCAUAGAUUGGUAUCAGUUUUUCUGUCUGUGGGAACAGCUCUCGUCAUCGAUGAAGAGAGUAGCAGAGCUGGUGGGCGUCCAGGAAGGUUUUCUCGCACGGUCUGUCAGUGGCAAAAUCGUCGCCAAGACAGAAAAGCAGCGUAGACAGAUGGCAAUUCAUAAACGGUUUUUCACCACCCUUGUCCUACAUGAUCUGGUGAAUGAGGUGCCUUUGGGAACAGUGGCAUCUAAAUACAACUGCAAUCGUGGGCAAUUACAGUCUCUCCAGCAGUCUGCUUCUACAUAUGCAGGUAUGGUAACAGUGUUCUGCAAGCGUCUGGGCUGGCACAACAUGGAGCUGCUGUUGUCCCAGUACCAGACCAGGCUGAGCUUCGGAGUCCAGAGGGAGCUAGUCGACCUGGUCAGGGUUUCCCUCUUGAAUGCAACACGAGCCAGAGCACUCUAUGCCCAAGGGCUCUGUACUGUUGCUGAACUAGCCAGGGCUACUGUAGCUGAUGUGGAGAAAGCCUUAAGGAACGCAGUCCCAUUCAAGAGCUCUAAGCGUGCGGUGGAUGAGAGUGAGACGGAGGCAGCUGAGAGACGAAGCCUUCGCUGUGUCUGGGUUACGGGUGGACGGGCCCUAACUGAACAGGAAGCAGCCUCAGAGAUAGUUUCUGAGGCAAGGCUCCUCCUUCAAGAAGACCUGGCCCAGCUAGGAGUUCAGUGGGACCCGGCGACACUUCCUCCUGGAGCUCCUGCUGUCAAAAGCCCUGACAAACAUCACAGCAGCAGCACAGAAACCUCAUCUGGCUCAUAUCUCAGUUCACAAGAUGCACAGACAGAAAUCACUAAAGACCACCGAGAGGGAGGCAGGCUUAAGAAAAGUAGGGGCAGAGAUGCUGACAGACAUACAGAGGAGUGUGAGGGGGAAUAUAAAAGUGAGAAAAGAGCAACAGAAAGAAAAAUGGAGAAACCAGAAGGCGAAGCCAGGAGAGAGCAAGGGAUGUCCAGACCUGCAGAGAAGGAAGGAAACAGAAAAUUAGAGGUGCACAGAAAGGAAGACAGGACACAUCCAGAAAUCAGGGAAACAGAUAAUAAGGUGCCAGUGGAAAGUGGCAUAGAAACAGAGAAAGCAGAGACAAAUACAAAGCUGUCCACAGCAAAUGAAACAAAAAAUCUAGAUGAAAAACAAGGACAAAAGCACAGAGGGUCAGAGAAAGAAGGGGAAGAGUGCAAAAAAUCAGAGGCGAAAGGAGUCGAGAAAAGUAAAGGUAUUGUCAGACCAGAGGGUCAACAAGCAAAACGGCCCAUUGCUGAGAGGAGCCUGACGCAGGAAUUGGCUGAGAUUGUAUCCAGCCCUCUCCUUCAAUCACUGCCACAUCCUCAGCCCUCACCUUCCCCUAUGCCGCCUCCUCGCUUCAGAGCCCCGAUAUCCCGAGUAGAACAACAACAAAGUGUUUCCACAAGGCGUUUAGCAGGAGAUGGUGCCACAGGGCUCGCUGACUCACCUGUGCAGCCAGGUAGAGUGAAGCACUCGAGAGCCCUAAGCAAAGUCCUACAGUCCAUACAAACUGACAAAUGUCUACAAGAGACUGCGCAGACAUCCUACCUGGCACCAGCCCACAACUCUGUUCCUGCAGCCCAGGUGCCUACCAGUGUUCAAGUUGCUGGGCUUCUGCAACAAACUCCCCCAGCAGUUUCUGCUCCUACAAAUGCAGAAACACUAGAUUCUCCACCAUUAGUUUCUCCUGCCUCAGUUCCCCUAUUCUCUCCUGAAGCCAAGCGAAGAAGGUCAGAGAACAGAGAGGCAGAUAAGUUCUCAUCUCCUGAGCUGUACGCAGGAGAUGACAGAGAUGAAGACGUUAAAAAGGGAGAAGAGAGUUUUGGUGACAGCUUUGAAUUGGACACUCAGACAGAAAGAAUCAUUGUUCAACAGACAUAUCAACACAGAGAUGUGAAUGAUAGAGGAAUGACUCAGAUGGUAGGAACAGAAAAGAUAAAAGGGGAGGAUAUGGUAGGAACAGCUGCAGAGCAGGGCGACACAGGUGAGGGAGAAAACGGACUUGGCCCUGACAACGCAUGUCCUAGAUUCAAUAUCUCUCUCACAGAUAGCCAGAUGGAGCUCAUCCUUAACACCAGCCACCAGGUUUCCCCUGGUCCUGGCGGCAGUGAUAAUGUGGAUGAAGAUAAAAAUGAAGGUGGUGGUGGUGAUGAUGAUGAAGCCAGCGAUGCCAAUCAGAUUGCUUCUGAGAGUCUGAACCGAAGCAGUAGCUUCCUGUUUGACAGCCUGUACGACAGCUGUCUGCUGGCUGAUCUGAGCCCACAACAGAUCUUUGACCAACCUGAUGAGGAGGAAUCUGCUGGCCAGGACGUCAAAGACAAGCGCCCUCUUUUGUCAACACAGGAGCGACGACGCAGUGAGCUUCUCGCUAACCAGGAGGCAGAAAAGCAGGAGGCAAUCCAGUGGGGGGAGUCCUCCUUCAGCCUGUCAGAGUGGGGCGACUCUCUGUUUGUGGGCGAACAUUUUCUGGAGAGGCACAGCUUGCUGAGACAUUCAGAGAGACCCCAAAAAGAACAGGAAACCCACCGUCAUCAAGCUCAGCAACCCAACGCAGACCACGUUCUGCCUGAGGAACAGCUGACACAGCCUGACUGCAUUGUAACUCAAAAUCAGUGUGACAAGGACACAAUUAAACAAUUCACUAACACUAAAAAUGACAAACCAGGUGGAAGUCAGGGAAGGGUAAAUGAAGAGGGAAAAAGUGGAAAGCAGGAAGAGAAGGAAAAGGAAGCAAAAAUGAACGUUAUAUUGUCAGAUCAUGUGCCUGAAAGUGCUUUUCACUGCAGCCCUGGUUUACAAGAGAUCUUUGACCGCUGGCCUAGUAUGUCUGACCAGCCCUGGCAAAACACUACAAAAGGCCACACUGCCCCUCAAACACACACUGCUGCUGCUGCAAACACAGUGGAUGCUCCAGAUCUACCUCAGCCCUCGAUACAAGCGGGCAGAAACAGAGGAAAACUAAAUGUGCAAUCUGCUGCUGCCGAGAGUGAUCCUCAACCAGAAGAACCCUGCAGAUAUGAGACUGAGAAUGUAAGAGAGAGACCAGGAUCAGCUGGCGACCUUAUUCCCCCCACCCAGGAAAUGCCACCCGUCACACCCAGGGUGAAACUGACCACCUCCUCGAUUCAUUCACCUGUCACCGCCCAACCACUUAACCAGUCGACUCCCUCAACCCGUCCUCCGCGGAAACCAGAAGCCCCAAAAUGUCAUAAAUCUCACCAAGGACAUAGUAAUCAUAUAUCAGAAGCUGACACUAAACUGCCUAAUUCUACAUCAGAUUACAGCCACAAACACCAGAUAGAGCAAUCAAAGAGUCUACCUGAACCUGAGCUGUCUGUUCCACGCUCAAGUUCAAAAAUCAAAACCCUGCUACACAGUGACCAGAACCUCAGCCCUCCUCAACACUGUUCUUCUCCGUCCUUUCCCUGUCCAAAACCUGCCUCUGAUACAGAAACUCCCGUGACUGACGAAGGUUUCACUCUUCAGCUGUCCCAGGAUGCAUCUCUCUGUUGCAGCAACUCUGGGACCUUCUCCAUCAUGGACGUGGCAAGUGACAGGCGCCUCUUCGACACUUUCAUUAAAGAGUGGAAAACCAAGGAGCGGUACUCUCUGGCUUUGGCCUGUGAAAAGACAGAGUACAGAGAGCAGCCUGAGAGGGAGAUAGGAGGGAAACACAAGAGAGCUUCAACGUCUCGUCAGAAGCUCAACAGGACUGAUGGAUUUCCAGUAAGAGACAGUGAUGGACUGGUGUUGAUUGGACUGUGUGUCUGCUGGGGAGCAAGAGAUGCAUACUACAUAUCUCUGCAACAAGAGCAGAGCAAAGGUUUGAGCUCCAGUCUGGCUCCUCCUCCACUGGAUGAUGAUUUGCCAGUAAGUGAGAGGCUGGGGCAGGUGAAGGCCUGUCUCAGCAGGCCAUCAGCUGGUCUUCGAGGGGGUGUGAUUGUCACAUAUGACAUUAUCCACAUGUACAAGACGCUAGUCCUGAGCUGUGGCAUCAGCUUGGAGGGCAACUGUGAAGACCCCAAGGUGGCGUGUUGGCUGGUGGACCCCGGCAGUGAGGAGAGGACUCUACCCAAUAUGGUGACUGUCUACUGUCCUGAAGAACUACCUCUGCUGGAUGGACUUGGAAGCGCGCAUGCACACUGUCCUCGAGUUCGCGCAGCGACCAAGAGUGUGCUUGUGCAUGCAGUCAUGAACCAUCUCACCGGCCUGCUGGAGAAAGACGGCAUGCUUGAUUUGUUCAGGAGCGUUGAGAUGCCUUCCCAGGUAUGUUUAGCGCUGUUGGAACUGAAUGGAGUGGGCUUCAGUGUGGAGGAGUGUGAGAGACAAAAACACGUAAUGCAGGCCAAACUCACAGCGCUGGAAUCUCAAGCGUACAACCUGGCUGGACACAGCUUCUCCCUCACCAGUGUCGACGACAUAGCACAGGUGUUGUUCUUGGAGCUCCAUCUGCCUCCAAAUGGUGACGUGGCUGGAUCAAAAAGUAAGAAGACUCUGGGCUACACCAGGAGAGGCGGUGGCAGAGUACGGCUUGGAAAACAGUUCAGCACCACCAAGGAUGUUCUGGAGAAACUUUGCCCCCUGCAUCCAUUGCCAGGAGUGAUUCUGGAGUGGAGGCGGAUCACUAAUGCCUUGACCAAAGUGGUGUUCCCCCUGCAGAGGGAGAGGCAAUACCACCCCACACUGGCCAUGGACAGAAUAUACCCCAUCGCCCAGACGCACACAGCCACAGGCAGAGUGAGCUUCACUGAGCCCAAUAUACAGAAUGUGCCCAAAGACUUUGAGAUUUACAUGCCCACGGUUGUGGCUGAGAGUCCUCCUUCACAAAACGGCUGCCAAAUAACCACCAAACCAGGAAAGAAGAGAUGUCCUGUGGGGCCUUCAGUUACAGCUGGAGCUGCAGAACAGGGCCCGACCUUCUCUGUCAGCAUGAGACAUGCUUUUGUGCCUUUUUCAGGUGGAAUGAUAUUAGCAGCUGAUUAUUCCCAGCUGGAGCUGAGAGUAUUGGCUCACCUGUCCAAGGAUCAACGACUUCUGCAGGUCCUGAAUGGAGGAGCAGACGUGUUUCGCUGCAUUGCUGCUGAGUGGAAAAGUGUUGACCCCGAGACAGUGAACGACAAUCUCAGGCAACAGGCAAAACAGAUUUGCUAUGGUAUUAUCUAUGGGAUGGGAGCCAAGUCUUUGGGGGAGCAAAUGGGAGUGGAUGAGAAUGAUGCAGCCUGCUACAUAGAGAGUUUCAAGGCCAGAUACAAAGGGAUCAAUGCUUUUCUUAAAGAAACAGUGAAGAACUGCAUUAAGAACGGCUAUGUUCAGACUCUGAUGGGCCGUAGGAGAUACCUACCUGGAAUCACUAGCACCAAUACGCACAUCAAAGCACAUGCAGAGCGUCAGGCGGUGAACACGACUGUGCAGGGUUCAGCAGCAGACAUUGUUAAACUUGCCACCGUGAACAUUCAGAAGAGACUGCGAAAAACAUAUCCUGCUGCUCCACAGUCUCACCAGCACACACACUCAGCCAGCAAUCAGCGCAGGGAUGGGACGUCGCAUCUGAGAGGAGCCUACUUUGUCCUGCAGCUGCACGAUGAACUCAUCUAUGAAACCACAGAGGAAGACCUCAUACAGGUUGCUCAGAUAGUCAAGAGGGAGAUGGAGUCAGCAGUAAAACUGUAUGUAAAGCUUAAGGCCAAAGUCAAGAUGGGACCCAGCUGGGGGAACCUGCAGGACUUAGAUCUAUAAUGUCAAUGUUUUAAUGUUUGAUAUCAAAAUCAAAUAACAUGUAGUUACUGUGUAAAGUUCUGUGAUAUAUGUAAAUACUAUAAUUAGUACUAAAAUUAAUGUUUUUUAAUCAAUACAUUGGCAAUAAUGAAAUGUUAGAUUAACCCACAGACCGUGAUUGCUCUAUAAACUCUAAAUGAACUAUUGAAUGUAUUUAUAACUCUAUUUUCUGGUGUACAGUGUCACAAAUUAUAUAUUUUUGUGAAAAAAAAAUCAAAUUUUAUUAAUAAUAUCUAAAUACUUGACAUGAGAUUUUAUGUAAGAUUGUGUAAUGUAAUAAAUUUUGAAAGCCCGUAGCUGCA